ACUUAAUUAAAAAUCAUCUAAAAAAAAUUAUUAAUGUUAAAUUACUAAGAAGAAGCAGAAAGAACUUUAUUAGGUUCUAGGGGAUCAGCAAAAAGAAGUAAAUCAUAAGCACCCACUGUUUAAGUUAAGUAUUAUGGAAAAGUAUAUUCAAUAUGCUGUGAUAGUCCAUCAACUAAACAAUCUAUUGCAGAAACAGGAUACUGUAAAAGCUACUUUAAAGAUUUAGUAAAAUAAAUAGAAAAAACUAAAGAGAGUGAAUUAACUGAAAAUAUUAAGAAUUUGAGGAUUGAAUAUUAUCAUAAGAGAUUAGCUAAUGCAAUAAAUAUAGUCAAUGAGAGAAGAAAAGAAAUCAAGCAUGAAAAAAAAUAAAUGGUUGCAUCACAAAGAAAAUAAGAUACUGAAAAGAGAGGAAAAAAUAAAUAGGAUACUUUGGAUGACUCUGAAACUGAUUCUGUUUUAAAUUAUUAAAGAAAAGAAAAAAAUACUCCUAGAAAAAAUGGUUUAUCUGAAUUUUCAAUUAAUAAAAGAGCUAAUUCUGUAAAUAACUCAAGAAACGAUACAUAGUCUGAGAGUUAAAAUGAUUUUAUCACUUCUCCUGAUAUGAAAAUGGGAACAAAUAGAAAUUAAAAAUAAAAUAUUGAAUCUGCAAGCCCUGUUAAAUAGAAGUAUAGAAAUAAAAAUAAUGACUCUGAAUUAAAUUUUAAGAGGGUUAUUCAAUAUCUUAAAUCUAAUCAUAAGAAUCCUGAUAUUAGUCCUCCAUAAGAUAUUUUAAAAUCAAGUGAUGAUAGCCCGUAAUUUACUAAGGAAAUAUAAAAAUAUAAUAAGAAGAAGCAAUUAGAAUAAUUUAAGGCUUCUUAAGAAUUAAGUAUAGUUUUGAAAGAACUAUAAAAGGAAGAAAAAGAGAAGGAUAGGAUUUAAAAAAAGAUUAUGAAAGAAAUGAAAGAUGAUUAGGAAGAGUAAUAUUAGAUGGAGAAAAAGAGAAGGAAAUGGAGAGACGAGUUAGAAAAUAAAAAAGAAAAGGAGGCAGAGUAUGAGGAAUAAAGAAAAAAUUAACUUAAUUCCUUUAAGUAUAAAAUGGAAUAGUUAAAAUAGAAGCAUGGUUAUGAAAAAGAUUUCUUAAUUUAGAAAAAAGAGUAAAAAGAAAGAGCAUAAACUGAGAUUAAGUAUAAAACUUUAAGUUAGAUACACGAUAACAAAGAGUAGGAAAGCUUUAAAAGAACUAUGUUGCAAACUGAUUUAGAUUAAAAAAUGUACUGUAGUGAAUAAAUGCACAAUCACCAGAUAAACCAGAAAAAAGAGUAACUGAGAGAGAAAUUUAGGCAAGAUAAAGAAAUUUAUGAUAAUUACAAGAAAAUAGAGGAAGAUAAAAUUAAUAAGAAUUUAAGGAAUUUUUUGGAUAAGCUUGAAAACAAUAAAAUGGUUGCAAUCAAACAUAUUCAAGAUGUUAUGGAAAAAGAUAAAAAAAAGAAAGAACACAUAAGUGAGUUAAAUGAACUUCGUACUAACAAUAUUAUGCAAAUACAAAAUUAAAAAGAAGAACAACUAACUCAAAGGGAGUAAAAGUUAUAAUAAUACAAUAAAUAUAUAUUAAACAAAAAGAAAUAAGAUGAAGAGGAAUUAAAUGAGAAAAAGGAGAAAGCUUUACUUAGGUAAAUGGAGAUAAAGGACAAUGAAGAAAUAUAAAAAAGGAAAAAAGAAUAUGAAUUUUAGUAAUACUUUUAAAGAGACUUAGAUAAGAAGGAGAAGUUCAUAUAAGAAUAAGAUAAAUUAAAAUUGUUAGAUAUUGCUAGAAAAGAGAACAAUAUUCACUAAUCACUAGAAACUGAAAGAAUUCAGAGAAAUAUGGAUUAUGUUACAUAGAAGAUAUUAAAUAAAAAUAGUAAAUUUACUGAGCUCAAUAAAACUGUAGAGAUAUUGAAAACAACUAUUGAUGACAAGAAAGUUGACUACUCAAUUUUUAAAUUAUAAAAACCUAAAAAAGAAUAAUCUUUAGAAAACCGUUCUUCAACAUCUUUUAGACCUCGAGAAAGUAAGAGCCAUUUUGGAAAAAGGGAAAGUGAAGUAUCAAGUCCUUUUAAAAGAAAACUAAUUUGCUGA